GGGAACAAUUCAAAAGUAUUCGGGAGCACUUUUAUGCCCUCGUGAAUAUGGUACCUCCUCAAGAUGGAAAGAAGGAUAGAGCGAUCGAAUUCUUCUGUGACGUGUUUGGCCUCGAGUAUCUUAAAAACUAUAUUGGCAACAUCACGUUCUUCAAAAGGCUCUCUCUGAUGGUAAAAACCGAUUCAACCAGCGAAGUUUCUGUAGGCAGCACAGAAGGUCGGCGCGUCAUACCAGAUAUGUUGACCAAAAUUUCCAGGUGUGAAUUGGACGAUGACGUGUAACCCAUUUAAGAGCAACCAGCAGUCCAAUGCGGCGCAAGACCUGCACUCUGACGUCGUGUUACCUCUCUUGCGCAGGCGGUGCCAAAUACUUUGUGCAUGGCGUGACUCGCCACGUCGGUAUACUGAUGAAAAGCAAAAGGUGGAAUGCGAGUCAAACUCCAUACAGCAGACAUUGGGUGCUGGUUUACUCGAAGGGAUAACCACUACCUUUGGCACUGCAUCCUAUGAACAUGAGAACUUAGUGACAGAUCAAAUAGGCCACAAACAUGACAGACAACUUGACAUUCCUUCCAUGGUACAAGAAAUAAAUGUGCUCCAAGGGAAAGUCGAUGCCACAGAGGACGACGACGAGAAACGAGCACUGGAGGAGGACUUGACCGGAAAGAUCUUGUGGCUUUGUUGGUGUGGGAUCUGUGCAGAAGCGAACCAAGCGUUACCAAAGGUUGUGGAUUUCAUCUGGAAGGAAGGAAAUAUUAGGGGUUUAUGGGAGAUUUCUGCGAUUAUGGAUUCGGUAGAGUAUAUAGACCGUGAUGACAAUCAAACUCACAUGCAGCGGAUCAUGCGUGAUGCGGGGGCGGGCACUUCGAAACAUCGACUGUUGCUUGCCGCUCGCGCUGCCGAACAAGCCAAGUGGUCCCAGUCAGCACUUUAGCAGACACGGGUAUUGGCAAGUACGUUUUUGACCUUCGUCUGGAUAAAUUCAACUUGUGGAUGACAAUUGUGAUCUUAACCAGAACGAUGCAGUCAACGUGUAUUGGCUGGCUCUUCGAUGUAACGAGUCUCCUUGUCCGGCCUUGUAAUGGUAGAUAGAGGCGCAACACAUAUCUUUCUGUAAUCCGAGAUGAGCCCAAGGGGCGAUUGCAACCACAAGCCAAGGUCUCAGGAACAGACACGAAAACAAAGCGCUUCGAAAAAAUCUGCGAUGACCUCAGUUACUCAUCUCAGGACAUUGCCUGAGUUCGAGAUGCCAG